GUUCCCUAUUUUCUAUUUCGAUGGGUCUCCAUCAUGCGGCGUGUCUCUGCUAAGUAUGGCUGCCCACUCGUAGGUGCGAAUUUUCUCUUCUUCACUCUUCACAGGGGAAUGACGCGCUACCACGGAACUCAGGGAAGUUCUACUACAUCAGAGGCCGAUGCGUUAAACGAGGGGCCAACGGCGGCUCCUGGGAUGGAUCACGGCAAUACUUCCCCACCUGAGGAAUCCGAGACGUCGAAGUCGCGGAUUCGCUCGAGUGCCGUAAAGUCGGUGAUGGAAAAGGCUGCAUCGGCGAGACGGGAUAUUUUUGAUUUAUGGCGCACCACUAGUGAACUGGAGCGUAAUUACUUGGGGAAUCGAACCACUCCCAAUGAAAAGGACGAAAGCGCUGGGGAUCAGACCCGCAUACUAGGGGUUGCGAGAAUUUUAGAGACCUAUCAUCUCACGCCUAGUACGCCAAGGGAGGAGGAUGUCUGCCGUGGUUUAGGCGAUGCACUGGAUCGUCUUUUGUUGUUGUGUGUUCCGUUUUCCAAUACCGUUGGAACGACACAGCUUGAGCAAAUCCUGCACCUCACCGGGCGUCUGGGCCGAAAGCUAUCAGUACGCACCGUUCAACACCUUUUUUCGCGAACGAAUAGCUACGCGGAGGCGUUGGCUGUCUUUUACGCCUUACGUCGUUGUAAUUUUUCUAUGAAUAUGGAAACUUACCAUGCGAUGAUGUAUUCACUUCAGCGUCUGGAAGAAGAGGGAUGGGCCAUACGUUUUCAUGACGAUUAUGUCCAGAGUCGUGGGGAGAGCCUUUCGGAACAGGCUCUGGAUUUUGUGUUGAGCGGUAUUAACAAUCAGCUUUUGCCGGAAAAUAAACCAUGGCUCGGACGCAUUAUGUUUUCGGAUGUUAAUGACGCUUCUGCAGCGCGACAAACGCAGGAUUCGUUUGACGAACUUGGAAAGCUUUGGCUAGAUCGAUAUAGGGAAGGGGAAUGACGCGAAUGAGAUCUUUCAAUGGGAACAGGUAAUUAAAUCGUUUCUCAAGUGUUUUAGUCAAUGUGGAACUGGUGAAAAAGUGUUGGUAUUUCA